AUGCAACCUCAACACCAAACCUCUGCGGAGUAUCAGCAAGAUCCUCAAGAGAAUGACCACACGAUCAAUCCUAUUACUAUUGAGAAUAACGAAUAUGCUGUAACAGCAACAAUUUCAGCUUACUCCUCGUCGGAAUCGAUUGAUUUGGGAGAAAUGGCUCCUCUGGAAACCCAAACACACUUACAACAUGAAGAAGUAGAAUCUACAACACGUUCAACAUCUAUCGAUGAAUCUCAAUCAGAACAACGAUCCGUUCAUCCAUCAGUACAUUUUGCUCCAUCAACAGAAGACUCUUCUUCUCAACACAACAACCAUAACAAUUUAAAUCAUCACCAAACCUCAAAACAGCAUCAUACGGAGCACCAUCCUCAACAUCAUGAAACCAUUCUCGACCGACUGGACGAUGUGUUGGACACAUCCACAGCUGAAGAUUCACCUUCUCAAUCGAAAGUUUGUGACAAUGCCGAUCUUGUGGUUGAUCAUACCACCAGUAUGCCUUCAUCGACAACAACAUCAGAGGUCUCCGUUUUGGAAAACAAGUUGGAAUCGUCCUACAACGACCUUAAAGUAGCAGAAAAAGAAGAAGGAACGUCUGAGACAGCUCCAAAAUCAGCAUUUGCUAAGGCUCUUCUCAGAAAGAAAAUAAUUAAUUUGAUUCUCUUCUUUUUGGGAACGAUGUGCUUUAAAUUUUCUUAUGAAACGUUGUCAGGUGCCAUUGGUUUGACCAUUCUGACUCGAUUGGAAGGGCACCCUGUUGGAGCAACCACAAUUUUGAGUUUAUUGACCAUCACUUUUGGAAUUUCACAAUCCAUUUCAUCAACCUUGUGGAAGGAUUGUUGA